AGUAAACAGACGGGGGGAUAUUUAAAGCACCAGUGGGGAAGGACACAGCUCUAGCUCCAUUCAAUGCAAAUUCGCUUCUCUCUGUCAAUGAGUCACUAUUGUCACCUUAAUUAACCAGGAGAGCUGAGAAAACACAGUGAUCGCUUUCUCGCUGCCAGUAAUUUAUAAGAUGUGACCUUUGUCCUUUGUUUAUGGGCAAUGUUUGACCUCGACAGACUGACUAAACAGAGUAAAUGAGUCAAAGGAGAUAUCCCAAUCAAAGAAGGCGGAGCUUCAGGACCACACCUACCUGUUACAUCAUCACUGUGGACAAAUGGUGGAUCAGGAGUGUUCUCCAGCUGAUAAGUCUGCACAGUUAUUUCAAUCUUCACUUAAUCCAAAAAUUAGUACCAACUUUGGUCAAUUAUUUGAUUUUAUUUCAAGUAUAUCAGUGCUUUAGUUCACCCAAAAAUGUAGUUGUGUCAAUAUUUACUGGUCCUUGUUUUAAACAUGAGUUUCUUUUUUUCUGGUGAGCAAAAAAGAAGAUAUUUUGAAAAAAGCUCUAAAUUGAUUUUUCAUAAUAUUUUCUUCCUACUAUGGAUUUCAAUGGCUACCAGUAUCCCAACAUUUUUCAAUAUAUCUUCUUUUGUGUUGAGUUAAAAAAACAAAACUGGUGAGUACAUUUAAAGUUUUUGAGGGAACUAUCCUUUUAAUGAUGUCACAUGGCACUUAUAGGUCCAACAUUUGACAUAUCAAAUGCUACAAGCAAACAUGAAAUGAUUGUGCUGUCAUGCUACCAAAAUAUAAGUUUAAAUCACUUCAAUAUGUGAUUGACAUGUUCGUUCAAUAUGUGGUCAUUAUGGCCUCACCCUGUACAUAGAGAAUGCAUGAUAGUCCAUUCAAAGGUAAAAGCAAAAAUGAAACAUGAAAAGCUAUUUAAGUAGCCUGAAUAUUGAUAGCAGCUCCCUGUUGUGUGUACUUUAUAUUCAAUAGGAUAACACUGAUAUGAUGUCAUUGAUGGUCAAUGCAAUUAUAUUGACCUUAUUGCUAGUCAAUAUUUUAACGUUCUUUCCAAAUUUAAGUAUUGUUGGAAACCUUAAGGAUAAUGAAAGUACCAAAAUCACAGUCACCAAAAUGUAUAACAUUGUGUUUUUACGACAUUAUAACAAUAAAUUUGAAUUCAUUUAUUUUUUUCUGUUGAAUACAAAAUAACAUAUUUUGAACACUUUUGGACACCAGUAGCCACUGACAUCCUUAGAAGGAAAAGUACUAUGGAAGUUCGUGGCUGUGGGUUUUCAAUACUCUUUGUGCUAUAUUUUUAACAAGUGAUUAGUUUACUACACGGGUGAGUAAAUCCUUGCUUUCAAGGUGAUAAGCUGACUUUAAUUUUAAAUAGGGUAAACGUUUUGUCUUAAGACUAUUGAGUUAAAACAAACUAUGGGGAUAAUUAUAAAAUUUCUCAAACAAAUAUUUUAACAAAUAUUUGCGCUUAACAAACGAAAUUAAUUAUUUAUAGACUAAUUGAUGUCUGUGCGUAAAGGUUUCCCUAUCCAAGAGCAAAAGUGAAAGUAGAUCGAUUAUCUCUCAUUCUUGCGCAGUAGAUGCUCUGUUUAACUGUUUUCUGUUAAAAAAAAAAAAAAAAC